UGGAUGGUUGGGGAGGACCUGGGACCUUUUUCCUCUCCAUCUGUCUCUGUCUCUCUUUUCUCUUUCCCCUCUCCACUCCCUUCCUGUUGGUCUCCCUCUAUCACUGCCUCUUUCUCUGUGCCUCUGUCUCUGUGUCUCUGUCUCUCUCCCACUCAAAGCUUAGUAUAAGGAAACUGGUUGGUUGGUUUGUCAGGGUGCCAGCUCCUACUGUUGCCAGGUGGCAUUAGUAACAAAGGGCAAAGACUAUUUAACCUGACUGCUAAGCUUCAUAGAGCUCAGUUCAGAGCCAGUUCCUUUGAAUUAGGCUGGGCACCAUUGAAUUCUGAUCAUACUUGAAUCAGCCCAAGACUGGGCAGUCACUGCUCUCUACUCUCCCCUCCCAGUGCACCUGAGUGCCUGCUCACCAUGGGAGACCAUCCCAGCGAGGACCAGAUCGUCGCCAUGGACUGUGAGAUGGUAGGAGUGGGGCUUCUACGGGAGAGCGGUCUGGCCCGGUGCAGUAUCGUGGACUAUGAUGGCCUUGUGGUGUACGACGAAUUCAUCCGGCCGGAAGGGGAGAUCACAGACUACCGAACCCACGUCAGUGGGAUAGAGCCUUUUCACAUGUCGAUGGCCGUACCUUUCCAGAGUGCCAGGGAAGAGAUCUUAAAGCUCCUUCGAGACAAGCUGGUGGUAGGCCACGACCUCCGAUUUGACUUUAAGGCCUUGAAAGAAGAUAUGUCAAAGUACAAUCUCUAUGAUACCGCCAAGGACAGACUGCUUUGGCAGUCAGGAGGCCUGGGGGGCUGUCGGCGGGUGUCCCUCAAGGUUCUCUGUGAGAGGAUCCUCAAGAGAAAAAUUCAGAAUAGCAAAUUUGGACACUCCUCCGUGGAAGAUGCCAGAGCUACUAUGGAACUCUAUAAGAGAUCCAGACUUCUACGGGACAAUGAAAGGAGGUAAUGCAAGCAAGAUUGGCCCUUGACUAGGAGGAAUGAAAGCCACAAGCCUCCAGGAAUAUAUUUUUCCCCCUUCAGAAGAAUUUCCCCCAAAUGUCCACUUUCUUGCUUUUAUGAUAAUAAAAUGAAUCUAUUUUCUGUA